AUGGGCGCUAAGCGGCGCGGGGCCGCGGCGCCGCCGGGGAAGAAGCGCGGGAAGCGGGAGGCGCGCGCCGAGCUCUGCGCUGCCCUCAGGGACGCGGCGCUGCGGGAGCGGGCGGCGGCGGCCUGGGGCUGCGGGGAGCCGCUCCGCCACGAGGCGGCGGCGGUGGAACCGGUCCCGUUCCGGCACGGCGUCAUCCCCGGCUUCUUGGCGGGCCCGGCCUUCGCGGAGGCGCUGCGCGACGAGCUGCUGGGCCUCGGCUUCCGUCGGCGGCGCAACGACCUCCUCUCGCUGCGGCAGUCGGAGGAGCUGGGGGGAAGGCCGGAGCCCCACGUCGCCGCGCUGAGGCAUGCCCUGUGUGAAGAAUUCCGAGCAUGGCUUUCUGCUGUGACCCAGAUUGAGCUGGAGCCAACUAUUGACAUCUCCUGUGCUAAAUAUGAAUAUACUGAUGUCUUGCUGUGCCACGAUGAUGAGCUGGAAGGUCGGAGAAUUGCUUUCAUCCUGUACCUCGUGCCGCCCUGGGAGAAAAGCGACGGGGGAACGCUGGACCUGUAUAGCACAGAUGAACACUUUCAGCCACAGCAAAUCAUCAAGUCGUUAGUGCCUUCGUGGAACACCCUGGUUUUCUUUGAAGUGUCUCCGGUCUCUUUCCACCAGGUGUCAGAAGUUCUGUCUGAGGAGAAGUGCCGCUUGUCAGUGAGCGGCUGGUUUCACGGCCCGUCUAUAGACAGACCUGCACGCCACAUGGAAGCUCCCUUGCCCAGGAACCCACACAUCCCCUAUGAUCAUGAAAUCUUGUAUGAGUGGAUCAAUGUAGUCUAUUUGGACAUGGACUCCCAAGCUCAAAUCCAGGAGGAAUUUGAGGAACGAUCAGAAAUUCUCCUGAAAGAUUUUCUUAAGAAAGAGAAAUACCAACUACUGUGUGAAGCUUUGGAGAACAAAGACAUCCAGUGGAGUAGCCGGGGGCCUGCCAAUAAAAGACUCUAUGAGACAGCAGAGGAAGACAGCCUCCCUGACAUCCUGAAGAAAUUCUUGCAGUUCUUGCGCUCAGAGGCCUUGUUUUUACUGCUUUCCAAUUUCACUGGCCUAAAGCUGCACUUCCUGGCUCCCUCUGAUGAGGAUGAAGAUGGUGGGGAAGGAAGAGCAGCAGACGCCGCUGGGCACAGCAGUCCCAAGCCUGAGCAGGAAGAGACUGAACGACACGCUGAUAGCAAUCCCCAUCAGCCAGACCAACCUGACAACAUCCCUGAAGCACAAGAUGGCGAGACGCAGAACGGCUCGGGUAACCCUGUGUGUGCGGGGGAGCUGAGGCGCUGGGCCCAUGGGCACUAUUCUCUAGUCCAUGACACUCAAGCAACAGAAUUUGCUCUUGACCUGCUCUUCUUCUGUGGCUGUGAGGACUGGGAUCCAGAAUAUGGUGGCUUUACGUCCUACAUUGCUAAAGGUGAAGAUGAAGAGCUGCUGACAGUAAAUCCAGAGGACAACUGCUUGGCCUUAGUUUAUAGAGACAAAGAAACAAUGAAGUUUGUGAAAUACAUCAAUCAUCGUAGCGUGGCGCGCCUGAAAAAGCAUCCGAACAGACCAGGAUUUUGGGAUUUUUCCUUUGUCUACUACGAGUGAGGGUGCAGAGUGUGACCGUCGUCACACAGAAAA